UAAGAAUAGGUUACUGGUACAAAGGUUUUUGGGUUCUUUUGUAAAACUUUCCGCAUCAGCCCUCUGCCGUCGGCCUCCGACUCACCCACCCACGAUCUUCCAUCUUCAACCUUCUCUUCACCUUGUGGCUUCUGGUGCUUCUUCUCCCGCAGCACGCACACCGGCCGGCCGCCAUCUCCGUUCUCCAUUCUCCUCCAUCUUCAGCCACCAUAACCCUCGUUUUGUUCUUCUUUAAACAGAGAAUAUGCUUUCUUUGGAAUUGGAGCAGAAAUGAUGGCCAGUUAUGUGGAAGCUUUUCGUGCCAUGAGGCUGCGAAUUCAACUUCAACGGCAGCUUCCUUCUCUAUUCAUCUGCUCCGUCGCGCCGGCAAAUGCUCAGGUACUCUCCAACCUCCAUACAUCGCUUAUAUUCUCGUCUACUUCUGCGGAAGUCGCUUCACGUAUCUCGGACUCUUCAAUGGAAGUUCCGAGACGAAUUGAAGCUGAACCGGCCGGAUUUGGUUGACCGAAUCUCCCGCCUCCUAGUCCUUCGACGGUUCGAUGCCCUCGCAAAGCUCUCCUUCGGUUUCUCCGACGAACUGAUGGAUUUAGUGCUUCGGAAUCUCAGAUUGAACCCUUAUGCUUCCUUAGAGUUCUUCAAAUUGGCAUCCAAACAACAGAAAUUUAGACCGAAUGUUAAUUCCUAUUGCAAGAUUGUCCAUAUAUUAUCAAGGGCUCGAAUGUACAAGGAGGUUUGGGUGUACUUGAAUGAACUUGUGGUUCUAUGCAAGAACAAUUACACCGCAUCUGUAGUGUGGGACGAGCUUGUAAGGGUGUAUAGAGAAUUUUCGUUUUCUCCUACGGUAUUUGAUAUGAUUUUGAAGGUUUAUGCUGAGAAGGGAAUGACAAAUUUUGCACUACGUGUGUUUGACAAUAUGGGGAAGUGUGGUCGUGUUCCAAGUUUGAGGUCCUGCAAUAGUUUGUUAAGUAAUUUGGUCCAGAAAGGAGAAACAUUCAGGGCUCUGCUUGUUUAUGAACAAAUGCUUGCUUUAGGCGUUCUUCCCGAUAUUUUUAGUUAUACGAUAAUGGUGAAUGCAUAUUGUAAGGAAGGAAGAGUGGAUGAAGCCUUCAAUUUUGUGAAAGAAAUGGAGAGGUCAUGUUGUGAACCGAAUGUAGUAACUUACAAUAGUUUGAUUGAUGGGUAUGUCAGUCUAGGAGAUGUUUUUGGGGCAAAAGAGGUGUUAGAGUUGAUGUCUGAAAAGGGGGUUCCUGAAAAUUCCAUAACUUAUACUUUGUUGAUAAAAGGUUAUUGCAAGGGAGGUCAGAUGGAGCAGGCUGAGAAGCUAAUUGGGUGCAUGAAGGAGAAAAAUUUGUUUGUUGAUGAGCAUGUUUAUGGAGUGUUAAUACAUGCAUAUUGCAGCGCUGGUAGAGUAGACGAUGCUCUUAGAAUAAUGGAUGCAAUGUUGAAAGUAGGCUUAAAAAUGAAUACUGUAAUUUGCAACUCACUUAUUAAUGGGUACUGUAAGCUUGGUCAUGUUAAAAAGGCGGCUGAAGUGUUGGUUAGUAUGAAAGAUUGGAACUUGAGACCGGAUUCUUAUAGCUAUAACACUCUUCUUUAUGGUUUUUGUAAACAAAAAGAUUUCAGUGAGGCUUUCAAGCUUUGCGAUGAGAUGCACAACAAAGGAGUUAAUCUUACUGUUGUGACUUAUAAUAUCCUCCUCAAGAAUUUUUUCCAUGUUGGUCAUGUUGACCAUGCCCUACAGAUUUGGAAAUUAAUGCAUAAAAGAGGCGUGGCACCUGACGAGGUUAGUUAUUGUACACUUUUAGAUGCAUUUUUCAAAGUAGGUGCUUUUGAUAGAGCUAUGAUGAUAUGGAAGGAUGCACUAUCGAAGGGUUUUACGAAGAGUACAGCUCUUUAUAAUACCGUGAUUUAUGGCUUUUGUAAGAUGGGGAAAUUAGUGCAAGCACAAGAGAUUUUUCUUAAGAUGCAGGAACUAGGUUGUCCACCUGAUGAAAUAACAUAUAGAACUUUAAUUGAUGGAUUUUGUAGAGUUGGAAAUGUGGUAGAAUCCUUAAAAUUGAAGGACAUGGCUGAGAGAGAGGGAAUAAGUGCUUCCACUGAAAUAUACAAUUCUCUUAUUAAUGGUGUUUUUAGAUCUGAAGAUUUACAGAAAUUGAAUGGCCUUCUAGCUGAAAUGAAGAGUCGGGAAAUAUCUCCCAAUGUUGUAACUUAUGGCUCCCUUAUAGCUGGUUGGUGUGACAAAGGGAUGAUGGACAAAGCAUAUAAUGAAUACUUUAAGAUGAUCGACAAAGGGAUUGCACCUAAUAUUAUCAUCGGUAGUAAAAUUGUAAGUAGUCUGUAUCGACUUGGUGAGAUUGACGAAGCAAGUUUGAUUUUUCAUCAAAUGGUAGAUAUUGGUCCUGUUCUAGAUCAUGCACGCUCUAUAAAAUUGCCCAAAUUUGGUUUGAGACAUCUCAAAACUCAAAAAAUUGUGGAUUCUUUUGGCGAAAGGGCCACGAGCAUCCCUAUGUCGAACAACAUUGUAUAUAAUAUUGCAAUUACAGGACUAUGCAAGUCUAAGAAGGUCGAUGAUGUUAGAAGGAUUUUGUCAGAUUUGUUACUUCUAGGCUUUCGACCCGAUAAUUAUACAUUUUCUUCUCUUAUUCAUGCUUGCUCUACUGCUGGCAAGGUCAAUGAAGCCUUCUGUCUAAGAGAUGACAUGAUAAAGGCAGGUCUUGUUCCAAAUAUUGUCGUGUACAAUGCUCUUAUAAAUGGUUUAUGCAAGUCAGGGAAUCUGGAUCGAGCUCAGAGACUAUUCCAUAAACUGGCCCAAAAGGGUUUAUCACCCACCGUCAUUACAUAUAACACUCUCAUCGAUGGAUAUUGCAAGGCUGGUAGAACAUUAGAGGCUUUGAAACUGAAAGAUAGAAUGAGAGAAGAAGGCAUUUCUCCAUCUUCUGUUACCUAUUCUACAUUGAUUCAUGGGUUUUAUAAGGGAGGAGAAUUUGAACAAUCUGUGAGGCUUUUGAAUGAAAUGAUCAAGGCAGGGAAAGAUUCGAGUGUAAUGGAUCCACUUGUGGCUCGAGUUUACAUCAAAUGGAGAGACAAGCAUAAAGAAUAGCGAAGCUCUGCGCUUACGAUUUCCAAGAUUAUUUUCUCCUUCAGGUAUAGGGUUGCACCUAAAUAGCAUCAUUGGUAUUGUAAUGAAGAAUCAUGGCUCAAUUGAAGGCUUGGGCGUGCAAGGGUUAAGCCGUCACAUUCUGAAAAAUAAAAAAUCUGCUCAUUUUCUGCUGAAGAAAAGGAGGGGCAUGAAAGUAAGGCCAUCGCAUUGGCAUGUUCCAUCACUUUGAAGUUCUGCCUUGCUGUUAAAGCCGAGAAAUUUAAAAUUCUAUGGGGUGUUUGGCCCCAAGUUUGGUUGGUGGAUAAAAAAAAACUCACCCACCAUUUGGUUCACCAAUUAUUAAAGAGGUUUAUUACCUCGUUAUUCACGUUAACUCAUAUUUUUUAUCUCGUUAUUUGCAUCAACUCUCUCAAUUACUCUCUUCUAUAAUAAUUAUCAACUCAAUUCAAUAAUUUAUAAAUUAUUUUCUUCCCAAAGAAAAAGGUAAUUUAUAAAUUAUUUCCUAUGGUUCA